UAAUUACAUAAUUUUCAUUUUUGGGUGAAUUAACCCUUUAAACAUUCUAAAAGUGUUAUAUAUUAUCCCCACUGAUUUAAAAAAAAAAACAUAAAAAACACUGUUGAAUAAAACAGUCAUAUCAAGUGUAGGCUUUUUUUUAAUAGUGAUUAAAAAAUGCAUUGCAGUACAUGCGAAAGAUCAAAAUGUUCAGCUUCUCUGCUGCUAAAUAUAUUUGUGAAGUGCACAGAGGGCAAAUAACCACAAAGCAUAAACACCUUGAAUCUGUCAGUCUGCUGUGCUCACGACAGGAAGUGGCAGACAAGCCAACAAAUGUUCUUUCCAAAGAGUGACAUUUGACACGCGCUGGUUAUCAAUCAAACAAAUAAAUAAAUAAAUCUGAGGUUAAAUAUAUCACUUAAAAAUUUAUAUGUAUAUAAAAACACAUAGGCCUAUAAUACAAUGUAUAAACACUAUAUGCACAUCCAAUUUUGAUGUUUAAAUAGUUAUGGUGAGAUCAUGGUUUGUUUUUGUCUGUAUGACUCCCCCUAGUGAUGGACAUGCACAUUUUUGUUCCAUCAUGAAACAGAUAUUCAAUAUUAAAGUUAAUUUACCUUAAAUAUAUCGUGCGAGUCGUCAUAUAAUACAGAUAAUAAAGCAUUAAAAGAGCUAAGAAAUUUAACUAGUAGUAAAUUACGUUUAGGUUUCAAGUAUAAUCUUCGUUAGUGACAUGACUAUGGCUACGAACAUACCUUAUACUUGAGUACCGCACCUACUACAAGUUAAGUAAUAUGAAAUAUAUACGGUUAAAUAGAUGUAAAGAAGGAAACAAUCACUAUUUAAUAUGUAAAUAGAAGAAAACCAAUCACAUUUCAGUAUGCAAAUAUUGGCAUGACAUCAUCGCUUACCUGCCAAGCGUUGUAAAAGUGUCUGAGGGAAACUUUAAGGUUUCUUCAAAACCUUACAGAAAUGAUCCACAAAUCCAAAGUUUGAAUUGUGUCUUCAUGGGGAAUUAUUACAAAGAAUUGUGAGAGUUUCAAAACUGCACAAGUCUCUGAUAGAGGACUAUCGUCCAGUGAAUUUGGCUUAUGCAUCAUUUUAGUGAAACUGGCAGGAGCAGAGCAGGCUUCGAUCAGAUCUCACUCCUCCUGCAGGUGCCUCUUCGUCGGAAGAGUGUGAUAAUAAGGACGUCUACAUUACUGUUAGUACAUCAGCUGGAAAGUCUGCACAUGUCUGUGGCAGUGAACGCACAACAGGUAUCUUUAGCAUCCUGCAUUUCUAAUGCCUCUACGGCACAGGAACCAACCACCUGUUGCAGCCAAACAAAAUCAUCCCAGGUGCUGAAGCAACAUCAUAAAACCCAGUUAAGGAUGCUGUCACACAGAUGGCAGAGGCUUGGUCUUCAGCCUCCAAUCCUCUGGGACACACAAGACCACAUUUCUGAACAUAGACCUGAGGCGGAAUCCAGACCAACACUGGAAAUCCACUCCAUACAGGUCAGCUGCAUUGUUUCUUCAAGGGACGAAGGACCAGAUGAGAUCAAGGCAAUCAGCAAUUCUCUUUGUAGCAGCUCCAACAAUGAACCUCUUGAAGUAGCAGCUAAACAGUCCUCCAGCCAGGUGUCAGCUGAGUCUGAAAACAGUGACCUCUCCGACCAAGAGAAAGACAAUAUUCCUAUACUAAAAUGGGAAACUCCUGUAGAAUUGGACCUGAGGCCAGACUCUUUUGAUAGAGAUCUAGAAUCUACAGAGACUGGAGAAGAAGAGGAAGUGUAUCCUGAGGUUCUUCCAUUUCCACUCAAAGAUCUCGACUUUAGUCAGUUGUUAUCCAGAGCGGAUGAUUUGGAGAGCCAGCACAACCUUUGUUUAACCGACCCUUGUCUUGCAGCCAUGGCGGCGCGCAUGAUAAAGAUGGAGAAACUUCAGAUUGCAACUAUACAGAGAGAACAAGGAAAGGCAGCCAGAUCUCGUCCAGCAACUGCUUUGGUACGAAGUGCCAAUCGUCUGAGGCAGGCGGAAAGCCCUUGUUCUCAGGCAGAACACUUGAGGAAUAAAGGCAGCAAUUCAAUUUUAGAUGAUGUAACAAAACUCACGCUUUCUUCAAGCUCUCAUUCAAAGUCUAUGCAUCGUAAUAAUCGUCCCUCGCCAAAUGCUGGGAAGGUGUGGAUUAGAUUUGAGCAACCACCGGCUUUACCUAAGAAGCCACAUUUUGGUGCGGUCAAAUUAAAGAAGACUGAAGCACCUGCUCAUGAUCUUAAUGCUCAUUCGAGUAUGUCACCAAAAUGCAAUAGUCCAAAUAGCUUUAAGAGACACAAACCCACAAAGAAAGCCAUGCCAAAGCCUCAGAAGACUUCCUCUGAAAAGACUAGUGUUCCUGUUAAAGCUCCUUGUAGGAAAAUGUGAUAUAAUUAUUUUUAAAGGGUUUUAAGCUUGAAGAUUGACAGUGUGUUAUUAACUGUGUGCAUGUCACUGUAUUUAAUGUUCCAAAUUCAAUACAAGUUGAGCUCCACCAACAACAUUUGUGGCUUGCUGUCAGUUACCACAGAAAAAUAACUUUGAAUUGUCCCUCAGUUUUGAGGGGGGGAAAAAAUCUUGUACACACUAACAUUUUGUUCAGUAGAUUUUUGUUUUAUUUUUAGAAUGUUGGCUGCUUUUCAUUGAUACAGACAAAAGAUCUGUAUAUCAAUAUAUCAAAAUGCUAUGUAAAAAUGAAAUGAAACUAGACAAGGAAAA